AUGAUGAAGAACAACUUCUUCUUUUUUCGAUCAUCAACUAAUGAUGCAAACAAGACCCCUUCACCACCAUUAAACUCCAAGGAAGUUUCUUCUUGGAGGAGUGUUUCAUUGUCAUCUGGAUCCUUCUAUGACAAUGGGUCAGGAAAAAAGAAUUUCACGGAUCUGAGCAAAUCUCUCCAUGGUCAUAGUAAGAAAGUUCAUCCUAAGAAAUCUGGUCGUGAUUCAAGCCGAGACCUUAGCGUUCCAGUGUUGAUUCGGACUAUUAGAAGAUUGACAAAGGAGAAGGUACAAAUGGCUUUUAAAGUUUCAAGCAUGUUACAGAAUCAAGUUGUUGAAAGGGCUUCUGCUAAGGAAGAAGCCAGCAUAUUACAGGCAGAACUAGAUUCACGAACACGAAGAUUGGAGACAGAAAAGAAUGAGUUACAAUCAGAAGUAGAUAAUAGAAUCAAGAUAUCAUUUUCGGAGAAACAACUUGAAGAUUUGUCUAAGAGAAUAAAGCAAGUGUCAGAGGAGAAUCAAAAUGUAAGGCAGCAGCUCACUCAGUUACAAGAGGAAUAUCGAGUAGCUCAAGACAAUAGAGAUUAUGUCCGGGAAAACUACCAGGAAAAGGUUAUAGAGCUUAAAUCGGAGAUUUUGCUGACAACUGUGCUAAGGGAGAAGCUCUAUUCCGAUGAGAUGGACAUAAAGCAACUUCAGGCUGAUCUAGAUGUUGCAGUUAGAAGUAACGACAUUCUCAAAUGUGAAGUGCAAAAUGCGUUGGACGCUCUUUCUUGUGCCACACCUAAGUUGAAAUAUCUCAAGCUUCAUGUAAGCAGGUUCAUCUUUGUUCCAUCUGAAGUUCACGGUUUUCUUUAUGAAACUUGUAUACAUGAGUUUCUGGCAUAUGGUAGCCUUCUGCGACAUGUCUGA